CAGUUUCCUGUUCUUAGCUAACAGCUAUGUAUCCCAUUGAGAUGUUCUGUUGUAUUUGCUUCAGUGGUUAUUAAGCCUAAACCAAAUCUGUCUCUCUAUCACAUAUACAGACACACCACACACUAAUAUAUUCACAACACCAUGCACAAAUUGUAGUGUGUCCCAUCUGACUUGGUGACUGAAUGUUUGCAUUCAUUAUGAUAAUUAGAUGGACUCCCCUAUUUAUUUGUCAGGUUAUGCACAGAGAGGGCGACGCCUGUGUGAGUGAAUUCUGACAUGCUUGGUAAACUACAUGUGCUUUAUUCUGAUCUUUUGACGGUGAUGUGUACGAUCCAUAUUGGUGUUGAUGUUGUGGAUUUUAGCAGUAAAGUAUAUUUGUAUUGAUUGUGAUAUUUCAGAUAUCAUCCACUAUGGAACCAGAGGUGAAUGCCAGCAGAGCUGCCAUACAUCCCUGUUAUGAAUCAUACGACUCGUCUUACAAAUUUACAAGCAACCCUUCUUUUAUUUGUGUGGCAUUGUAUGUUUUCCUUGGCUCUCUGUCUCUCAUAACAGUGUGUGGAAAUCUCCUUGUGAUAACGUCAAUCAUGUACUUCAAACAGCUCCACACUCCCAACAACUACCUCGUUCUCUCCCUUGCUGUGGCCGACCUGCUUGUCGGCAUUUUAGUUUUCCCCUUCAGCAUGGCGUUCACCGUCACUUCAUGCUGGUAUGAUGAAGAUUUGUUUUGCAAAGUGCGAGGCAGCUUUGACGUGACACUGAGCACAGCUUCCAUUUUGAACCUAUGUUGCAUUUCUAUCGACAGGUAUCACGCUGUGUGUAAGCCGCUGACUUACAAAAGUACAAUGACUGAUCGUAUCAUUGCAAUGAUGAUUCUGGGAUGCUGGGGUACGGCGGCUUUAAUUGGAAUUGGCAUCAUCAUUGCAGGAUUCAAUCAGGGAAAAUGUGAAGGGGACUGUGUAAUUGAUGCUUUGAUAUCAACCACUUUGGCAUGUAUUUUUUCUUUCUAUAUCCCAGUCAUUAUAAUGCUUGGUAUUUAUCUAAAGAUUUUCCUUGUUGCGCAGAGUCAGUUAAACAGCAUCCACAGUACUGGCUGUCGAAGCAAAAAGUCUACUGCAGCUGUUAGCAAGACGGAAAGAAAAGCAACAAAAACCCUCGCUGUUGUGAUGGGGGUUUUUAUCUUGUGCUGGAGCCCCUACUUUCUGUGCAUCAUCUUUCAGCCUUUAACAUAUGAUGUGACGCCAAUUUCUGUUAUCGAAACUCUAAACUGGCUAACUUUGUCAAAUUCUAUGUUGAAUCCUUUCAUCUAUGCUUUCUUUUACAGCUGGUUUCGAUCAGCUGUCAGAAUGAUGAUUUCUGGAAAGAUUUUUCAAGGAGACUUUGCAAACGCAAAGCUCUUCUAA